AUGGAUAACACGUCCAAUAUAAAUACUAAUGUGCGCCCUGAGAACACUGAAUGUGGUUCAACCCCAAAUGACAAAGGCUUGAAUGGUCAUAUUCCUCUGCAAUUUGAUGAGAAUUCCCGAGUGUUUGUUUCGGAUGCAAUGGCUAAGAACUCUAAACAAUUAUUAUACGCUCAUAUAUAUAAUUAUCUCAUCAAAAACAAUUACUGGAACUCUGCCAUUAAAUUUUUGAACGAAGCUGACCUUCCUUUGUCUAGAAUGAACGGGGCUUCCUCAGGGGAAACAAACAGCUUGAAUUCAAGCUUAAAGAAUGGAUUAAUGGACGUUGCUUCCAAAAAUGAUGUUUGUAGUGAAGAUGGAUUGUUACCUUCGAAAAUGCUGAUGGACGCCAAUGACACGUUUCUACUGGAAUGGUGGGAAAUUUUUCAAUCAUUAUUCAACGGUGAUCUUGAAUCCGUUCGCAAUCAAAACCAUAACCCUGUAAGAGAAAGAAUAGUACCUCUCUUACCAGCUAAUUCGAAAUCCAACAUACCACCACAGUUCUCUAACCUCUCGCCAAGUACUGUUCCGCCUACUCAUAAUAACUUUCCAGUAACGGAGGAGAAUUUCAGAUCCAAUGUUAAUGUGAAUAAUGUUAAUUUAAACGAUCAAACCAAUCGAAACGUUCCUGAAAGAUUUGUACCAAGAACUACCGGUAGUUAUGAUAAACCCAACAGCAGUACCUUUCCAGCUGAUGCUACCAUAAACAAUGAUAUUGCGGCUCAGCAGUACGCAGCUAUCAACCUACAACAGCAACAGCAACAGCAACAGCAACAGCAACAACAACAUCAACAACAUCAACAACAUCAACAAAAUCAACAACGGCAGCAACAGCAGCAACAGCAGCAACAGCAGCAACAGCAGCAACAGCAGCAACAGCAGCAACAGCAACAGCAGCAGCAACAGCAGCAACAGCAACAGCAACUUCAACAACAACAGCAACUUCAACAACAACAGCAACAGCAACAGCAACAACAACAACAGCAACAGCAACAGCAACAGCAACUUCAACAACAACAGCAACAGCAACAUCAACAACAACAUCAACAGCAACAUCAACAACAACAUCAACAGCAACAUCAACAGCAACAUCAACAGCAACAGCAACAGCAACAUCAACAUCAACAGCAACAGCAACAUCAACAGCAACCGCCACAUCUGACCCCAUAUCCAAUUAUAAAUUCACAAAUGGUUCCUCAUCUUCCAAUAUCAGGCCCAGUGGAAAACUCUCAUCCAACCGGGAUAAUGCCUUCAAUAGCUCCCGCAAAUCAACAGUUUGCUUCACAAAAUCAGCCACCAAUGUUUCCUGACCAACAGCGAUUCUUUCAGUACCAAUUGCAGCAUCAAAAUCAAGGACAAGCGCCAGCUUUUCAGCAAGGCAGAUCUGGCAGGUUCGAUGACAUAAACGCUAUAAAACUGUUCUUCCAACAGCAAGCACUGCAGCAAAAUUCACUGCAACAGACUCCCGGAAAUCAAAAUUAUCAGCCUAAUACACGAGCUAAUACUGCGGAGGAAACUACACCUGUCAAUGAUAAUAAUACAAAUUGUAAUAGUUUGUUGCAAGAACGUAUACGAGCUCAAUUUAAUAAAAUGAAAGCAAUUCCUCAGCAAAUAAAAGGUCAAAGUGGAGCCACAAAUCCAGUUCUUAACGAUCUAACUUCUCAGCAACAAUAUAUGCAUAUGAUGAUGCAGAGAAUGGCUACUAGUCAACAACUACAAAAUGGCGGUUUUCCUUCCGACGGCCGCAUACCGCCAACUAACAGCAAUAUCUCAUUACAGGGAGGAAGUAUGGGACCUCCCGUCAUGGAAAAUGGGCCGAUAAGGCAGACAAAUCAGCCUGGUCCAAACCCAAUGGUUAAUAUGCAACCUUUAUAUCAAAAUGCUUCUUCAGCAAUGCAUGCAUUUGCGCCACAGCAACCGUUUCACCUACCACAGCAGUAUAAAGCUAAUCUUUCGCUAUCACAGAGUGAUCCUGCUGCUGUCUUCCCCCCAUCAAAUAAUAACAGUAAUACGCCUACGGUCUCACAACCGUCUUCGAAGCGUACUUCAAGCUCCAGCACAACUCCCAAUAUGACCACUACUGCACAGCCCAAACGGAAGCAGCGAGUAAGUAAGUCGAAAACCAAGGAAUCGAGAAAAGCUACUGCUUUACAAAAGAAUCUGAAAUCCAAGAAGGUCGAACAAAAGGGUGAUCCAACUCCUUCAAACUUCAUUAACGUCACUUCCAAGGAUAAAAGCGGCAAAAAUGUCAUAAAGUCACAAACCAUUGACUCACAGCAACAGCCCAAUGGCUCCCUUGCUAUAGAUGCGGAAACUUUUGACAUCUUUAAUAUCGGUGGCUUUUCUCCGGAUCUAAUGGACAGUUAG